CCGCCAAUACAGUCGAAAAGUAGUAAAAAACAUGUUAUUAAUUUUAGAAUAAAUUCAUAAGAGGAAAUAUUUCCAGCGAAACUAGUCUAAGCGGCCAGUUCUCAAAUGGAGGAUAACAAGGUGGUGCAAUGCCUGAUAUGCAAAUAUUCGGAAAGUGACGACCUGGUCUUUGGUGAAUGGAUGAGCGUACGAAAUUUGCAGGUACACUAUUUUUGCCUGCUACUCUCAACUCAUUUGCCGCAGCGCGGCAGCGAUUCCAGUGGAGUCCUAGGCUUUCUGCUUCGCGACAUCCGAGAGGAGGCAGCUGCCGCUGAAAAGAGGAAAUGUUGCUACUGCAAUAAGAUAGGGGCCAGUUUGCGAUGCGAUCAGUGCCGGACAUUGUUUCAUUUAAAGUGCGGCCUGGAUAAUCGCGCAGUCUUCCAGUUUUGCGGCCAAUACAAAAGCUACUGCUACAGAUGCAGGCCAAUGGAUGACUACAAGCAACAGAUACAGACCAAUCCGCCGAGGAACUACACUUGUCCCAUCUGCUUCAGUUCUAUCUAUAAAGUCGAGCUGCAUUGCGUUGUGUACGGUGACUGCUGCCGCCUUGGAUUCGCCCAUAAGAAAUGCAUGCGUCAAUAUGCCCUGACCUCCGGAUAUUACUUGCGCUGCAUUUGGUGUCGAUCGGAAAGUUUCCGGGAUUCAAUACGCCUGCAGUCGGUUUUCGUACCCGAUCGCGAUGCCACUUGGGAAAAGCAACGAAACGCCUAUAGGGAGCUCCACGAACGCAUUCUGAAAUGCGACCAGCCCGACUGUCUUUGCCCCAAUGGUAGAACUUAUAACAGAUUAUCGUGGGUGAUUAUACCCUGUACUUCUUGUGCCGCCACUUCUGCUCAUCUGAAAUGUUUGGUGGGCACCCUGAGACUGCCCAAAAAACACGAGCGCACAGAUUUCAAGUGCGCCCUGUGUCUGGAUGUGGAGAAGAGGAUCGCUGAAGGGCCGGCUCGCGACACAGAAGAAACCCAUCCUGACAGCGACGGUCAAGUGAAUAGCUCUUUUUACGUGAAAAAACAUGGCCCCGAUGCUGCAACUCGCUCCCUAACCCAGACUCCUGUGUUCUCCGAAGACGGCGAAAGCGAACGAAGUAGUAAUAUCACAGUUAUAUUCAGCCAACCGAAACCUGACGCAACAAGCGAGAGGUUAUCUUUAUCGCCGCCACCGGAGGACAUGAUAGUGGAAAUUCUUGAUUCUUCACAGUCGUCGCCACAGCCAUCAAUAGAGGAGCCGCACUUGCAGCAGCCGACAUUAUCAAACGACAACCCAGACCCAGAGCAGUCAACAGCAAUAAAUGAAAUCCCCACCUCGCCGCAACCAACCGCAUCCAACGAGAACCCAGACUCACCGCAGCCAACAGCAAUAAAUGAGAUCCCUGACUCACCGCAGCCAGUAUCCACAACACCUGAAUGUACGCAGGUAGCAUCACCCAUUUCCGACUCUCUACAUCUGCAGGAAGAAGCUGUAACUGAAGCUUUUAAGUCACCGCCAGUGCCGAAAGAGGAUCCGAAUACUUUGCUUGUGCUAAAAUCGGGCUUUCGCUGCCCCCCCGAACCAUUUUUCUACUUGGUUAUCUACGAGUUUGAGCACGGUACAUGCAUGGGUGAGUGUACUGGUACGUGUGUACUGCGAUUUAAAGAUGAUGACCCGCGCAUUCAGGACACGUCGCAGGCGGCUUUGGAACACCUCAAGAUAACACCCGACGAUGUGUGGUGCCGUAGCGAGGAGCGCGGCGUCUUUGAGGAUAUCAAGAAGUUCCACGAAUGGUACAGAUCACAGGGGUACUCUUAAAUAUUCCUUACUCAAUUUAGAGCAAUUGAAAACUUUGUGGUAGAAGAAAUUCGUCAAGGAAUUCUAGUCGAUUUAUGCAUUUGCCCUUUCGCGUGAAUAUAAUCACAAAUUACAUUUUCUACCUGUGAAACACUUAUAAAAAGUUUUAAUGAUUGUUCACCUAGAGAAGCAUGCAGUAAAUAAAUUGUGUACAUUUUUUA